AUGUGGAUACUCGUACUAGUACUAUUCAGCGUCGUAGUAGCGCUCCUGUCAUAUCUGGACAUGAGAAAACCAAAAAACUAUCCACCAGGUCCAAAAUGGUUGCCGAUUUUGGGAAGUGCUCUUACUGUAAAUUCACUUAGGAAACAAACCGGGUAUUUGUAUCGUGCUACUAUUUGUCUAGCGGAAUCGUAUGGACCAAUUGUUGGUCUGAAAGUCGGAAAAGAUAGACAAGUGGUUUGCUGUGGAUAUAAUGCAAUUAAAGAAAUGUUGACAAAAGAAGAAUUCGAUGGACGACCACAAGGGCCAUUUUAUGAGACUAGAACAUGGGGUACACGAAGAGGUCUUCUACUAACAGACGAAGAAUUUUGGGUAGAACAACGAAGAUUUGUGUUGCGUCAUUUGCGAGAAUUUGGUUUUGGAAAAAGAACAAUGGCUGAACUUGUACAAGAUGAAGCCGUUCAGUUAGUCGAAGAUUUCAAAGAAAAAAUCGCAAUGUCUAAAAAUGGUAAUGGUGAAAUAUUUGAAAUGAGAGAUGCUUUCAGUGUAGGAGUCUUGAACACAUUAUGGUCAAUGAUGGCCAGCAAAAGAUACAAUGAAGAUGACAUCGAACUAAAAAAUCUACAAGCUUUGUUAACUGAACUUUUUGCUAACAUCGAUAUGGUAGGCGCUUUGUUUAGUCAAUUCCCAUUUUUAAGAUUUAUUGCUCCUGAAGCAUCUGGAUAUAAAUCUUUUGUUAAUAUUCAUCAACAAGUAUGGAAAUUCCUCAAAGCAGAACUCGAUGAUCAUAAGGAAACAUUUAUUAUAAAUCAACCAAGAGAUUUAAUGGAUGUGUAUUUACAAAUGCUACAUUCAGAAGACAAAAAAGAAAGUUAUUCAGAAUCUCAGCUCUUAGCUAUCUGUAUGGAUAUGUUUAUGGCUGGAUCUGAGACUACCAGUAAAUCUUUAGGAUUCGGUUUCCUGUACCUACUUCUAAACCCAGAAGUUCAGAAGAAGGCUCAAGAGGAAAUCGAUAGAGUGGUUGGUCGAGACCGACUUCCAACCUUAAAUGAUAGGCCUAAUAUGCCUUAUCUAGAAGCCCUCGUAUUGGAGUCAGUUAGAGUAUUUAUGGGACGAACUUUCAGCAUUCCACAUAGAGCUCUGAAAGAUACCACAUUGCAGGGUUAUCAUAUUCCUAAAGAUACAAUGGUGAUUGCUAAUUUUGCCGCAUUACUUAAUGACGAUGACGUAUGGGAUAAUCCAGAUAGAUUUUGGCCAGAAAGAUUCAUUGGUUGCGAUGGAAAAUUAAUUGUUCCAGACGAAUACUUACCAUUUGGAUACGGUAAACAUCGUUGUAUGGGACAAACGCUCGCUAGAUCAAAUAUAUUUUUGUUCUCUGCUUGUCUAUUACAAAACUUUAAUUUCUCAGUACCCGAUGGUCAAGCACCGCCAAGCACUUUAGGCGUUGAUGGAGUGACUCCUUCACCUGGAGAAUUCAAUGCUUACGUCAGUCUCCGGACGUGA